AUGGUGGCCCAGAUGCUGCGGAGGAUGGACGCCGAGGGUGCGGAGGACCUGACCUACGCCGAGUUCUGCGCUCACCGGCUCGAGCUCCAGUUUGCGCGCGUGGAGCUCUACCUCUACGACCUCUCCAGGAGCAUGGCACACGUGCUGUCCCCAGUGCUGCUGGGGCGCCACGAGAACGGCGUGUGGCAUUCCAGCGUGGUGGUGCACGGGACAGAGUUCUACUACUACGGCACCCUGAGGCUGGCCGACCCUGGCACGACAGAGUUCGGGGAGCCGACUGAGGUUGUCGAUCUGGGAGUCACGCUGCGCUCCAGCGCCGAGGUCGACGAGAUGCUGGACAAGCUCGACGCGGAGUUCCAGCCGGAGAAGUACGACGUGUUCCGGCACAACUGCAACGACUUGAGCGACAAGUUGGUCUUGUACCUCCUCGGCAGACACAUCCCCGACUCUGUCCGCCUGCUGACCGAGCGCUUGGCCAAGUCGAGCUUGGUGAGGGUGUUAGCACCGCUGCUGAACAGGGUGCUCGGCGCGCGUCACGAGAGCAACGCCAAGGCCAGCCUGACGCACGCGCCCUCGCUCGUGGACGCUCUCCAGGCCGCGGAGGCGGAGGCGCCAGCGCUGAUCAGUGAAAGCCAGCAGCUGGGAGCCGGGGAUCUGGCGUUGGGCCCACAGCUGCUGCGGCACCCGUCAAGCGAGGCGCUGGCGAAGGAGCUCGAAGUGUACCGCAUCUACGAGGCCGGGGAGAGCGAGGGCGAAGACGGUGCGCUGCAAGAGCUGGUGUACUCCGAGGUUCCAGGCCUCGCCAGGCGCGUGGUGGCCCAGGUGACGAAGCAGAACACGGCGAGAGGCACCUCCGACCUGAAGUGGUUCAACAAGGGAGGCUGCUUCCACAUCGCGGCCAGCAUCCGGACCAGGGACCUCGCCCCGUACAGGGCAGCAUGUGCCUUGGAGAGCGCCGUUGGCGAUGACGACCUCCGCAGGCAGUGGAAGAUCUUCGCGGAGGCCAGACUGGGCGCGUCUCGGAGCAGGGCGAACGGGGGCGAGGACACCGCCGACCCGAACGAGGCGGACCCGGAGGUGGUGGUGAGGCGAAGUCUGUCAGACGCCUCGCUGGACCCCAGGAAAAGGCCCUCGGAAGCGUCGUGGGAGUCGUAUUUCUCCGUCGCCGUCUUGGGCAAGGCGUGCCCCAACGGCCACGUCAUGGAGGCGGGCCCGACCUCCCGGCGCAGCCUCUGCUGCGCGUCCGCCGGCCAGGAGGAGUGCUUCGCCUGCGUCAUGCCCCUGAAGCGUGGCGACCGGAGGGUGGGCUGUGCGGCCUGCAGGCACUAUUUCUGCGAGCGCUGCUGGCACAACAGCUGCAACGAGAUUGACGGCAGGAGCCCUCUGGACAGGAGCAGCCCGGCGAGCUCCCGCGCGAGGCUGCGCUGCCCCGCCGGCCACGCCCUGGAGCGCAUGGAGGGGCAGGCGGUGCGCGGAACGUGUGCCUGCAGCGAGUGCGGCCGCAGGAGCCUGGGCUCCACGUGCGCCUUCUUCCACAGCCUGCCGCGCCUGCUCCUUCGACCUGUGCGACAUGUGCUCGCGGCGGCACAAGGUCUCCUCUGGCAGGGCCAGCCUUGGCCGCCGCAGCCCAGGCUGCGUCGCGCAAACGGGGGCCUCGUCGCCGCCCGGUGGCGCCGGAUCGCUGGCGCGGCCGCCGCGCGAGGGGCGCGGAGGUGCCCCUCGCCUGGCGCUCCCGCUGCAGUGGAGGCCCAUGCCAAGGAGCACCCUGCUUGCCUCCAGGGCGCCCGGCCCGGCCAGCCCCCAGCAGCCGCCGCCGCCAGCGCUCGCUCGCCUGGCGGAAAUUUGAGCUGCUGGGCGUUGCUUCUCGCUGUACUUCGGUGUUUCUCCUCACCUCACCGUUCACCUCGUUGCCGCUUCGAUUCGCUGGGUGGCUGUCCCAAGGAUUCGUCACGCUCCCGCCUGCUGCCGCAUCGCUGCCGCGUCGUCGCGCUGUGUGGGAGAUCUCCGCCCGCGCGCCCCACUGGUCACCCUUCUUGGCCGCUCGCGCCGCCGACCCACCAUGGCACCCGAUCGCCAGCUCCUCGAUCCUUGGGCUUCCCGUGCCCUACUGGGCCUGGCAGUCAGGCUCGCGCGGCUCGCCCAACCCUGGCGGGGCGGGCCUGGCAGUCUGUGGCCUCGCAGCUCGCCCUGGCAAACGAUCGCUCCGCUUCCCGUUCCCACCCUCUGGCUGCCCGCGUCGCGUCCGGCUGCAUGCGACUCCCGUUCUGCCACCUGGGUGCUUGUGGUGAUUGGCCUCUCGGGCAUGGAGUGAGCGACGCACGACGUAGCCGCAGCCAGUGCUGA